UCCAGAGGCUGAAAUUCGAAAUCCGUACGACGCAAGGAGCCCGGCGUUCCCUACAGCGAUCCCGGCAUGCAACACGGCGUCCCAGAGUGGCUUGCGGCGCACACGCAGGCCGAGAGCUCCGCGGCGGUGGCACGACGGGAGGCCGUUCCCUUCCAGCGGCUGCGCAGGACGAAGCGGCUGCGACAUGGAAGUGAAGGAUGCGAACGCAGCACUGCUCAGUAACUAUGAGGUGUACCAGUUACUAACAGAUCUCAAAGAGCAGCGGAAGGAGAGUGGGAAGAACAAACAUAGCGCUGGGCAGCAGAACUUAAACGCCAUCACCUAUGAGACAUUAAAAUACAUAUCAAAAACGCCAUGUAGGAACCAGAGUCCCGAGAUUGUUCAAGAAUUCCUCACAGCAAUGAAAAGCCACAAGCUGACCAAAGCUGAGAAGCUUCAGCUGCUAAACCACAGGCCAAUGACCGCUGUUGAGAUCCAGCUGAUGGUAGAAGAGAGUGAAGAGCGGCUCACGGAGGAGCAGAUUGAAGCCCUUCUGCAUACUGUCACUAGCAUUUUACCUGCAGGCCCAGAGGAUGAACAGAGUAAAAGCACCAGCAAUGAUGCGGUGAUGGAAGAAGAAGACCCAGCAUAGAUAUGCACAGCUGGCCAGGUUGUUCGUGAAGUUCAAAGCCUCAGCAGCCUGGAUGUUCAGAAGAUUGUUUAUUGGUUUUACCCCCUCUCUCAAUAUGCCUGAUUUCAGGGUUGGUUGGGAAAAUCACAAAAAAAGAUAAAAAGAAACCCUUGUGUCUUGGGGUCAAGAAACCUGGGGUCCGAGAAGGGCAGAGAGCUCAAGAUGAGGGGACGCGGCUGUGCAGCUCUCUGGGGUAGACUUACAUGGCCUCUGCCACAUGGUGGCAGGUGCUUUGAUGGCUGGGUUGUAGUUAAUGGCAGCAGCUUUGAGGUGAGAGGGGGGCUGUUGGGAUGGGUUCCCAGAGCUGCACACAGCUGCUCCAGGGGAAUGACCUGGAGCUUAGCUCACUCCAGAGUAAUGUCCUCAGCAGAAGCAGGAGGUGAGAAAAGGAGAUUAAGAGAAAACUCCAGUUUGAGCCAAGCCUGGACUACAUAACAUAGUAAGGAACACACGUGUGAACACCCCUAACAUGCACGCAUGCCACGUACACACAAAAAAUCAGUCCAUUUUCUGUUGCUAAAAGCAAUUCUGUAGCCUUGGUAAGCCACAAGGAAAAGAGACUUAUUUUGCCUCAUGGUUCUGGUUCAAGGUCAAAGGGCAUCUGGGUAUGGCCCUCUUGGGUAGCAUAGGCUAUAUCACCUGAUGAAAAAUGAGAAGCACUUGUUUAUUUUCAGAGUCUCUUAUAGUCCAAAUUGACUUUGAACUCAGUAUGUAGCCCACUCUGUCUUCAGACUUUUGAUGAUUCUUCUGUCUCAGCCUCCUGAGUGCUGGGAUUAAAAGUGUAUGCCACUCA